GCGGUCGAUCAACUUCCUUCAUCCAUCAAAUUCAGCACCAAACAAACAUAACUAAGCUAAUCAUUACAUAAUCUUUAGCUUGUUGUACGUAAAGAAAGUAGCUUAAUUAACUACUCGUAUAAGCUAUUUAUUCAUUAUAUUAGUAGUAGUAAUCAUAUAACACAUGACGACAGUGUGGAGUUUAGCGGCAGCAAAGCCAGUGGUGAUAUUCAGCAAGAGUACGUGCUGCAUGACCCAUGCUGUUGAUGUACUUCUCACCGGUUUCGGGGCAAGCUUCACCGUUUACCAGCUUGACGAGCUCUCAAACGGGCUCGCCCUAGAGCAGCAGCUCAUGCAGGUCUGCCCCGCCCCAGGAACAUCAUGGGGCGGCAGCGGGAUAGGAAAGCCAUACUUGCCCGCGGUGUUCAUAGGGGGUAACUAUGUUGGGGGACAAAAUGAGGUCUUGUGCCUCCAUCUCAAGGGAGAACUUGUCCCCUUGCUCAAGAAGGCUGGAGCCAUUUGGCUCUAAUUUUGGUUAAAUAUUAACCAAAAGAUUGGUUGCCAAUCUCUAUACGUAUUUAAAUGUAGAGAUGGAUCACUACAUAAAUUAAAUACGGAGUACAUAAUACCGUAUCAUUAAGGAAAUUGCAAUUAUAUUGCUAAUUUGGCUAGCUACUAGGGUUAAUUAAACUUCUUUUUAUAGUUUUAUCAGCUGCAUGUAUGCAUGCUUGCUAGCUUGAACAAAUUAGUAAAUGCGGCCUGUAUAUUGCAAAUACUGCAAUAUAAUGUGAGCUAGCUGCUAUAGAUUUUCAUAAUAAAUUAAAUCAUACUCCGUAUGUAUUUAAGUCAUAAUAAUAUAUCUAAUGGAUAUCAUGGAGUCAGACUUUUCGUUCUUUUGGCGUGUAAUUAUUGGUACAUUUACAUUUCUGUUCAAUUUGUUGAAGUAUAUGAAG